AUGGGAGCCAAAUCGGGUUUCGCCCUCAAGCUGCUGCAGUGGUUCAUCCGAGGCAUCCAGCUCUGCUGCUGCGCUGUGGCCCUUGCGCUUUUUUCAUACUUCCUCGCCGUGGCAUCGCGCCACAAUAAUAUUCCCAUGCCAACAUGGACAAAGGCAGUUGAAGGCAUCGCUGGCGUCGGUGUCAUAUACACCCUCAUCGGACUUUUACUGCUAUGUUGCCUCGCGGGACACCCUUUCACGUCGUUCAUUGCCAUUAUUCUGGACAUCGCCUUCAUCGGCGCCUUCAUCUACGUGGCCCAGGCCAAUCGCGGCGGUGCUAGCUCGUGCCGCGGCAACGUGGACACUCCUUUUGGCAACAACCGUCCUGCUGGCGACCGGCUUGGCAAUGGUCUGCCCAGUUACAGAACAAUCUGUCAAAUGGAGACUGCCGUUCUGGCUGUUUCCAUCGUCGCCAUUGUUUUCUUCCUGCUUUCCGCCAUUGUUGAGUUCGUUCUUGUCCGCCACCGACGCAAGGAGCGUCGCUUCGGCCCCAGCCCCAACAACAAUUACACCUCUGGCUACGGCCAAGGUGGUUUCAUGGGCAGGUUCCGCCGCAACAAGACUGGCGACUCUGACGGUAACACUCUGCCUACGCACACCCACCCGGACCAGGUGCGUCCAAGCUACAACACCGACAGCACUGCCAUUGCUGGCAAUGAGCCCCACCUAUACAGCAACAAGCAUGGCGAUACUAACGGCUUCGACCGCGAGGGCCACGUCUUCAACCACGACGGCCAGACUGCGUACCCCGAAACUGGCGUGGCUCAGAACCUUUCUCAGCCCGCUGGGUACCGAUACGGCUCCUAA